CACGGAGCGAGCGACGCACCCGAGCCACCGUCACAUCAGCGUCCUCGGCGUCAGCAGACAUCAUCACAGACGACAGCCGUCAUCAUUACAUGUAGUUACUCCACUCAUCGUUCAGUAAAACGCACGGUUAUAAUCAUCACAUAGUAACAGCAAUCAUCAUCAAUUACCAUCAUCAACGCUGACAACCACUACCACCACCUCCAUCGUCACCACCACCACAAUCGACCUCUUCACCACUGAAACACGAGGAGCGACCAGCACAAUCCUCUUCCUCCUGCUCCGCGUGGCUCCUCCGUGCCCAGUCGCUCCUCUCCCUGCGGCCGCCGCGUGGCAGCUCGGCAGGAGAUGGCUCCACGUGCCGCUCCCCAGCGCCUCCUCCUCCUCCUGCUGCUCCGCGGCUCCGCGGCGCGACCCCCGCUGCUGCUGCUGCUGCUUCUUGUCGGGUGGCUCGGCUCCGUGCGCGCGGUGCCAUUGUCCGAGGACGGAGGCGACUACCACAACCACCACAACCACCACAACCUCUCCAACUCGGCGUCGUCGUGGUCGCCGUCGUUCGUCCACCACGACUACGAGGCGAUGGUGCGCGCACUCAGGGUCGUGGCGUCGCGCUGUCCCGACGUUUCGCGCCUCUACUCCAUCGGGCAGAGCGCGCAGGGCCGCCACCUCUACGCGAUGGAGAUGAGCGACAAUCCGGGCACACACGAAGUCGGCGAGCCGGAGUUCAAGUACGUGGGCAACAUGCAUGGCAAUGAGGCGCUGGGCCGCGAGCUGCUGCUGCACCUGCUGCACCACCUGUGCAGCGAGCACCGGCGCGGUGCGGCACGCGUCCAGCGCCUGCUGCGCUCCACGCGCAUUCACGUGCUGCCCAGCAUGAACCCCGACGGAUACGAGGUGGCGGCCGCACAGAGCCAGGGCGCCGAGGCGCACUGGUACACGGACGGGCGAGGGAACGCGCGCGGCGUGGACCUCAACCGCGACUUCCCCGACCUCACGGCCGUCUUCUACCAGCACGAGCGCGGGGGGGGCCCCAACCACCACCUCGCGCUCCCCAGCGGCUGGCACGCCCAGGUGCAGCCGGAGACGCGCGCCGUCAUCCGCUGGUUGCGGCAGCACAACUUCGUGCUGUCGGCGAACCUGCACGGCGGCGCCGUGGUGGCCAACUACCCGUUCGACAAGUCGCGGCGCGGCCGCCAGCCGCUGCCCUCGCGGCUCCACCACUACGCGGGCACCCCCGACGACCCGCUCUUCCGCCACCUCGCCAUCACGUAUUCCUACGCGCACGGGUGGAUGCACACGGGGACCAACUGCGGGGACUACUUUCCUGACGGCAUCACCAACGGCGCCAGCUGGUACUCGCUGAGCGGGGGUAUGCAGGACUUUAACUACCUGCACUCGAACUGCUUUGAGGUGACGCUGGAGCUGAGCUGUGAGAAGUUCCCCCAAGCGCAGGAGUUGGCACGCGAGUGGCAGGCCAACCGCGAGGCACUGCUCUCCUUCAUCGAGCAGGUUCACCGUGGAGUGAAGGGGGUGGUGCGGGGGGUGGGGGGGGUCGCGCUGCCUGGGGCCCAAAUCUCCGUGGCCGGGAUCGCUCAUGACAUCACAGCAGGGACGGACGGGGACUACUUCCGACUGCUGCUGCCCGGCGUCUACACGCUGAGCGCGUCGGCCCCGGGCCACCUCACCGCCACCGCGGACGCCAUCGUCACGGACAGCGAGCCCAGCGAGGUUGAUUUCCAUCUGGAGCCUCUUCCACCACGUGAGAAGUCGUCAUCGUCCUCGGCUUCAGAAGAUUGAGAGGCUCAGCAACACAAAGCCGACCUAGAGGAAGCCAAAAUCGGAGUUACGGGGUCAGGCUGGGAGGUGUGGGGUUGGGGGCACGGGAAGAGACAAAGGGGGUCAGUGUUGCCAACUCGGUGAUUGUUGCUGUAAAUUUGAGUUACUUUUUUGGGUUCCCCAAUCACAUUUGAUCAAAUUGACAAAUCUUGAGACUGAGCGACGACAUGAUGCAGGGUGGGGAGCGAUUCCAGUGUGCGUGUCCAUAACCCUGUGCCAGGUCAAUCUGUGCCAGGUCACCCUGUGCCAGGUCACCCUGUGCCAGGUCAAUCUGUGCCAGGUCAAUCUGUGCUACGUAGAGGCCGACCGAAAGUAAAAAAUUUACUUUCGGCCGAAACUGAAGCCGAAACCGAAAGUUGAACUUCACUUUCGACCGCGACCGAAACAGAAAGGUAUAAAAACCAAAGUUACCGAACACAAGAUUUAUGAAAUAUGUCAUGAUGCAAUGCUACUUCAAUUAAAAAGAAAUCUAGAACUAAUCAUUCAAAGCCUGCAUUAAGAGUCGCUAAAUAUCAAAUAUUUAGAUGUUACUUACUUAGGAAUUAUAUCCAAACAAACGAAUGUUGUAGUUAAGAAACAACAGUUUUUCCGCAUUCUCGCCCAGCAGGUUGCUGCUGCGCCUUGCUUUGAUCAGAAUCGACUUUAGUGACGUGAUCCCACACCGCGUGUUUCGACAUUCUUCACGGUAAUUAACUGCUCCGUUAAUUAACUUUAAGUUUCCACUUCACUCAGAUUCGUAAUUUCGUUAUCACUAAUUUUAUACGGAACUAUUAACUAACUGAAUAUCAAUAUUGUCAGACUUCGAAUCUCGGUAUCAACACGCGUGUAGACUGAAGCGAACGCAACACAUCAGCCAAGGUGGGCAGGUGGCUGGACACAGGCAACAGAGGCACUUUGUUGUCGUCCCGCCAAAGAGACUCCACCCACGGAUGGAGAUGCAGGCUGCCGUCUGUUGACCGCUCGUAUUUACAUGAGCAGACCGUGCUUGCGGCUGUAACCUCGCUCCCAAGCUGCUGCUGCUGACGUGGUUGACGACCGAAAAUCAGUUCUAGAUUUGAAGUUUUCGUGACUGCAAGGAUCCAUACUCUUUGAUUUUUUUCGGUAUUUAUUACUGUAGCGUAAUUUUGCUGGAGCGGUUACACCUGACGACGGAUGCUUGUGUUGCUUCCGAAACGUCGUAAUUUAAUUUAGUUGUUUUAUUUUUAUUUUCACCUAUGUGACUUUACCGAAAAAACCAAAGAGUAUGGACCGAAAAUCAAUAUCAGUUUCGGCCGAAACCGAAACCAGACCGAAAGUUAAAAAUUGACUUUCGGCCUAAACCGAAAGUUUGCCGAAAGAGGCCAUUUGCAAACUUUCGGCGCCGAAAUGUCACCCUGUGCCAAGUCACCCUUUGCCAAGUCACCCUGCGAAAAGUCACCGUGUGUGAUUUUCCCUCUCACUACUUGUCACACUGUACAGCGACAUUCUUGUCAGUUUGGUGACUCUCACCUCUCACGUGACACUCACACAGCCAGGCCACGAGGCCUUCACCACAGCCCGUGUCUCAAGUCACCCGCGCUGGCUAGGAGAUGUUAACUGCCUCGCCCAGUAUACAGGAGGCCGUGGGUGGGAUCCCCACCCUCACGCCUGCUGCUGCUGCUGCUGUGUAUUUGGAGUUUCAAGUUCUCCCCGUGGUCGCGGAGAUUUCUCUCCAGGUCCUCUGGGUUUGCCCUCCACAUUUAGAAUCAACAUGCGUUAAGAGUCAACAUUUACACGUGACAAGCCACUUCGUUGAGCUAUCAUUUGCGGCCAGGUCGCUUCUAAAGAAUAUCUAUGUAGUUCAGUGGGCCUUGCCUGGUUAAAUAAAUACUGUAGUAGUAGUCGCCACUGAGAAGCCUGAGCCAAUAGAGGCAAUUCCCACUCCCAUGGAGGAGGCAACAGGCGAUCAGUGUGGACUUCUUCCAACAAAGCGGCGCUCGUUUGUGUGUUUGGGCAUCCGAGUCUCGGGCUCGCUGCCGUCCCCCAGCCCCAGUCGCCGCGUGGAUCUCGCCUCCCACGUGGAGCUGUCUCCACGUGGAGCUGUCUCCCACGUGGAGCUGUCUCCACGUGGAGCUGUCUCCCACGUGGAGCUGUCUCCACGUGGAGCUGUCUCCCACGUGGAGCUGUCUCCCACGUGGAGCUGUCUCCACGUGGAUCUCGCCUCCCACGUGGAGCUGUCUCCACGUGGAGCUGUCUCCACAUGGAGCUGUCUCCACAUGGAGCUGUCUCUCAUGUCGAGCUGUCUCCACGUGGAGCUGUCUCCACGUGGAGCUGUCUCCACGUGGAGCUGUCUCUCAUGUCGAGCUGUCUCCACGUGGAGCUGUCUCCACGUGGAGCUGUCUCCACGUGGAGCUGUCUCCACAUGGAGCUGUCUCUCAUGUCGAGCUGUCUCCACGUGGAGCUGUCUCCACGUGGAGCUGUCUGUCUCCCACGUGUCUCGCGUCUCCACGUGUCCCCCACCCCCGCUCCUCGCCCCCGCUCCGCCUGUAAGGGGACGACGCUGAUCUAAUAAACAACACGAAGUCGUGGGCGGACAUCGCCAA